AUGAAUUAUAAUGAUGAUUAUAAUCCAUUUGCUGACUCGUCAAUUCGACAAGCAACAGCAUCACCAUUUUCAAAUCAACCAGCAAUUAGUGAAUAUAAUCCAUUUGCAAAAACAACUACAACAGCUCAACCUGUUCCACCUCCACAACAUUCAAAUAUUGCUGCUGUCUUACCACCAACACAACCUGUAGCAUAUCAAUCACCAUUCUAUGCAUCAGCACCGGCACCAGCACCAACACCUAGUACUGUUCAACAACCAACAGAAAACUAUGGUACUGAUACAAAACCAGCAUCAACACGUAUUGAUCUUAGUCAAUAUGAACGACAACAAACCGAACUUGAACAACGUGAAAAACGACUUGCAGAACGUGAACGUUCAUUAGCAGAUCCAACAAAGAUUCAAAAACGUGAAAAAAAUUUUCCACCAUUACCAGCAUGUUGUCCAUGUGGACCAUGUUUUUUUCAAGAUAUAAGUAUUGAAAUUCCGAGUGAAUUUCAAAUUUGGGUUCGAUAUCUUUACUAUUUAUGGUUAUUUUAUUCGGCUACAUUGUUUUUGAAUAUGAUUGCUGGUGUAUCUUAUUUUGCGGUUGAUAAGGAUGGUGCAGUGACAUUUGGUUUAUCACUUGUCUAUCUCGUUCUUUUUGUACCGGCAUCGUAUAUUUGUUGGUUUCGACCAAUUUAUCGAGCAUUCAGUGGCUUCAAACUUAUGAUUAAGUUAUUCGCAGCUGGUGGAAGCAAAAUUGUAGCUGGUUUCAUAGCUAUGAUUGUUACAUUGAGCUUUGCUUUAAUUGCUGCCGCCGAUGGUUUAUUAUUGAUGAAGGUGAACGGUUUUGCUCGAAUUGGUAUAAUGUCAUCAAAUAAACCUGUUGGCAUUAUGAUGAUCAUUCUUGGUUCUUUAUGGUCAUUUAUAUCCGUUGUAUCCAUUCUUCUUACAAUAAGGGUUCACCGAUUGUAUAAACAAUCAGGCGCUAGUCUUGAACAAGCUCAACGUGAAUUUCAAUCAGCUUUUGUAAACAAUCCAACUGUUCGUGGAGCAGCUCGUGAAGUAGCAACAGCCGGUAUUAACGAAGCAAUACGUACUGAUAACACUCAACAACGGCCAAUUUAUUAA